AUGGAGCCGCCGCCGCCGCCGCCGCCGCCGCCUCCACCACCCUCCCUGCCGUCCGUUCUCGCCCACCUGCGCUCCCUCCUCUCCGCCGCCUCCUCCGCUCUAUCCUCCCUCCCCUCCCCUCUCCUCCCCACCACCACCACCACCAGCACCACAACGACGACCACCACCUCCUCCACCGUCACCGCACCUCCGCCCACCGCCCCACUCCCAUCUCUCCCCUCCUCACCGACCUCCGCAGUCCCGCUCCCCCUCCCCGCCACGCCCGCCCCCUACCACGACUGCCCGGCCGUCGUCCGCACCACCAACCCACCGCCCGCUUCCACCUCCCUCCCCGCCUUCCUCGCCGCCCACUGCUCCUCCUCCUCCUCCCCCACCACCGCCCCAGCCCUCUCUCCCCCACCCCGCAUCCUCCCGUCCGAGCUCUGCCUCCUGCGCCGGGAACUGGACUCCUGGAACAUCCACCACCUCCCCAGAUCCUACUCCUACACCACAGCGCGCGUAGUGAAGGCACUUCGCCCCGGCGCCCCGCACUGGGAGACGCAGCUACAGCGCUGGCUCCUCGCGACCUCGCCGGGCCACGGCGUCGUCAUCGACGCGGCCACUCGAGACCACAUGUUCCUGCUGGUCAAGCUGUGCCUCAACGCUGCGGCCGCGGAGGCCGAGCGCUCGCUGGAACAACACGCUCUAAACGGGCAGAGCGGGGAGUUCCGGGUUGAUCCCAGGGCUCUGACGUUCGACUGCCCCAGCCUGGCCGACGGCGUCUCGUGGCUGGCGGCGCAGCUCGAGGUGCUCUACGGGAAGGGCAGUGGCGGGGUCCUCGCGGUUGCGGUGGUCAAGGAGGCGAUUCUGCGGAUGGGGUCUUGUUUGGCUGCUGGUGUUGGUGGAAGUUCCGGUGAAGAAGGAAGUGGGGUGUGGGGUAAUGGGGCAGAUGGCCGUAUAUUGCUUUCCCAGGUUGCUGCUGCCAUUGCGGCCUUGCAUGAGAGGUUGUCCCUGGAGAAGAAGAUCAGGGCUCUGCAAGCGCCGCGCCCGUCCAAACAUCAACUGUUGCUUGAAUAUUCACAAGUACUGGAACGAGGCCAUGUUGAGCGGUCAAAACGGCCAGACUACAGACCUGUUCUGGAGUAUGAUGGAAUUCUACCACGUCGAGGGGAUAACCAGGAAUCUGGUAGAUCCAAGACAAGGGAGGAACUCUUAGCUGAAGAACGAGAUUACAAGAGAAGAAGAAUGUCUUACCGCGGCAAGAAAAUGAAACGAAAUCCAACAGAGAUAUUAAGAGACAUAAUUGACGAGCAUAUGGAGGACAUAAAACAGGCAGGUGGGGUUGAUUGUCUUGCAGAAGCUCCUUCUGAGAUUGCACAAAAUAUGGUUAAGACCAAUUCUGACGGAGGCGCAUACCAUGGAAGUUAUUAUCCUACUAACAGGUCUUCUGAUAAGACAGUUUUGGGUUCUCGAUUACCUAGUCGUGAGAACUCACCACAUACUGAUUCUUUUGGAAGAGUGUCAUCAAGGAGCCAUGACACAAGGGAUUCAUAUGGCAACACAAGAUAUGAAAAUAGUAGACACCAGUACCAAAAUGCAUCUGAACAUACCAAAGGAGGGACCAGAGAAUCUGAAAAUGCAAUGAAUCGAGGCUAUUCUGACCAGCAUGAGAACGGCACACGUAAAAGAAGCACCAAUGAUCAAAGCAAAUAUGGUCAUAAGUAUAAAAGGAGUACCUCGGAUUACCAUUCUGAAUCAACUGAUUGUUCCACUCGGUCGACACAAACACCAAAAUCACCGGAGAGAGAAUAUGGCGGCAUGUCAGGAAAUAGAAGCAAUGAUAGAACUAGAAGAAAUCAGAAUCUCCAUAGGUCAAUGCCUCUAAACAAAGAUCAGUUCAGUGAUAGAUAUGACCCCCAAAGCAGAUACUCUGACGAAGAUCUUCCAAGAAGCAUGUGUUAUGAUGUGUCUGACGGAAAGCAUGAAAUAUACCAUGAUGAGAUUCAUCCUCGUGAACAUCAUAUAAGAAAGCGUGAUCACAAUCACUGAAAGAAACAGAUACAUUUUCCCUUUGAUGUCAGUCCACUAAGUUAUACAGGCAUCUGGGUUAUUAACCUUCAGCUGUAUCCUUUUCUGUAUCCUUAUGCUGAAAAUGCUUUACUAUUUCUGUGGCUAUUGUAGUGACAAUCUGUUGCAGUUUUUUUCCCAUUUGAAUAACAUUCUUUUCACCAUUCUUUUUUUUCCGGCUAAACAUAACUAGUUAAACAUAUCUGAACUUUCUGCUAAUUCUUUUUUCCGGCAUAUAUUUCCUGGUCACAGCCAAUCUUUCAAAAGACUUUCUGCUAGUUUCAAAGCAUGCAUUCAUAAUAACUUUGCCCUGGAAUUAUAAUGUUGCUUAGUUAUGAGCUGACAAGAAUUUUUAGUUGACUGCCUUUGCUUUGAAAGGCCAUGCCAGGAACAAGUUUUUCUUCAUUUAUCUGUUUGUGUUGCAUUUCAUCCAGAUGCUACUCAUGCAUAAUUAUUUGAAUCGGGUUUAUGUUAAUCUUUGUGGAUGUAGUUCUGUUUACAGUGAGUUUUAUAAGCGAUGACCAACGUUGGAACGCCAUAGUGCCAGUAGACGUGAUACUGUUCUUGCCCUAUUUUUUUCUUUGGAUUUCAGGUCUAUGUUCUACUGAUAGAUACUGUUAAAAUGGAUAGUUCAUACCUGUCAAGUACUUGAACAUAAGAAAGCGAUGUAGGUAGUACUGAAGUAGGGUUUGACAUUUGCCAUGAUGUAGCCAGGUGCAUCCUAUGCAGCACGGAUACGGACACAUGAGAUACAUUUUACAAAUUCUUUCCCAAAAUGUUAAAUACUUUAUUAUAUUGUAAAAAGGGAACACAAUUAAAUCAUCUAUU